GUAAUGGGAAACCAUACAAGAGUGACCAUGUUUGUCCUAGCAGGUUUGACUGAUGACCCACAAUUGAAAGUUGUGUUAUUUGUCUUCCUGCUUUUCACCUACUUGCUCAGCAUCACUGGCAAUCUAAUCAUCAUCACACUCACCCUGAUGGACACUCACCUCAAGACCCCCAUGUACUUUUUCCUUCAGAAUUUUUCCUUCUUAGAAAUCUCUUUUACUACUACAUGCAUCCCUAAAUUGCUGGUUAUUAUGGCAACUGGGGACAAAACUAUUUGCUAUAACUGUUGUGUCAUACAAUUAUUUUUUACUUUCCUUCUCGGAGCAUCUGAAUUUUACUUGCUGGCGGCCAUGUCCUAUGACCGCUAUGUUGCCAUCUGUAAGCCCCUGCACUACACAACCAUCAUGAACAGCAAAAUCUGCACACAGCUUGUUCUCAGUUGUUGGCUCGCUGGGUUCUUUACCAUCUUUCCACCUCUUAUCAUGGGUCUAAACCUUGACUUCUGUGCCUCCAACAUUGUUGAUCAUUUCUUCUGUGACACUACUCCCCUCCUGCAGAUCUCCUGCUCAGACACAAAGUUCAUAGAAACAAUGGGUUUCCUCUCAGCUUCAAUGACACUUGUGGUCACGUUAGUAAUGGUGAUAAUAUCAUAUACCUACAUUGCACUGACGAUCCUAAAAAUCCCUUCAGCUCAUCAGAGGAGGAGGGCAUUUUCCACGUGUUCUUCCCACAUGGUUGUGAUCUCCCUCUCUUAUGGCAGCUGCAUCUUCAUGUACGUUAAACCCUCAGUCAAACAAAGAAUUUCUUUUUCCAAGGGAAUUGCGGUGCUCAGCACCUCAGUUGCUCCACUUUUGAAUCCUUUUAUCUACACCCUAAGGAACCAACAAGUGAAAAAAGCCUUUGUGCAUAUGUUACAAAGGAUUGCCUCUUUCUCAAAGAAAUGA